AUGGUCCCCAAACCCACCGCCGUCGGAACCGUUGCCGUCAUGCCCACAUCGCCGGCCCGGACACCGGCUCUCGCCAACCCGCCAGCCUCCUCCUCCUCCCGCGUAUCGCUCCAGCACGAGCGCCUCCUCCUCGAGCUCCUCCCCUUCAAAGACGUCACAAAAUUCCACGACUGGCUCGACAGCAACUUUGUCCGCGGUCCUUGGAACGAGUUCAACGCAGACUUCCUCUCCCGCGCCAUCGCCGACGUCGCCGCCGCGGGCCCCACCGGCGGCGGCCAACCGCCCGGUCCCAGCGCCGUGCCGGAGCCGGAGAAAAUCCGCACGGCCCAGGCGGCGCGGGAGGCGCUCAACGGCCGCAAGGCCAAAUUCUGCGUCUACCGCCCGGACAAGAGCGCGUGGACGGCCGAGGACCACCACGUGCGCUUCAUCGUCACGCUCGUCGCGGACAACAUGCUGCAGAACCUGUGGUACGAGUCCGAAUGGAAGAAGAAGGGGCUCGACAUUGCAAAGGCGGCGUAUGAGGUGCUCAUCUUUCUCAAGGCGACCAUGGUGUACGCGGACCCAAAUCCGCCGAGUUACUCGGCAUGA